CGGGUGCUCGGGGGCCGAGGGAAAUUCUGAGCUGUGUAGCUGCAGGAAGUAAAGUAUCAGUUCAGAAGAAAAGUAUCUGAAGAAUACAUUUGGCUUCACCAUGCGGUUAGGAAAACUGAAGGGAGGUAUUUCUAGGCGCUCCAGCCAAGGAAAAGCUUAUGGGAACCAGCUCAAAACAGGGCGCCAGCGGCAAAAAUGGGGAAUGACUGUUCGAUUUGACUCCAGCUUGAGCAGAUUGAGAAGAAACUUGGAUGAGAAGCCUUAUAAGUGUACUGAAUGUGAAAAGAGUUUUAGUCAGAGCUCAACUCUUUUUCAACAUCAGAAGAUCCAUACUGGAAAGAAAUCCCAUAAAUGUGCUGAUUGUGGGAAAAGUUUCUUUCAGAGUUCUAAUCUUAUUCAGCACCGUCGGAUCCAUACUGGGGAGAAACCCUAUAAAUGUGAUGAGUGUGGAGAAAGAUUUAAACAGAGCUCAAAUCUCAUUCAGCACCAGAGAAUUCACACUGGAGAAAAACCCUAUCAGUGUGAUGAGUGUGGCCGAUGCUUCAGCCAAAGUUCCCACCUUAUUCAGCAUCAGAGAACCCACACAGGGGAGAAGCCCUACCAGUGCAGUGAAUGUGGCAAAUGCUUUAGUCAGAGCUCCCACCUUAGGCAACAUACAAAGGUGCACAAAGAAGAGAAACCUCGUAAAACCCGGGGCAAAAAUAUUAGGGCAAAAACUCAUUUAGUGUCGUCUUGGAAAGCUGGUACAGGAAGGAAAUCAGUGGCUGGCCUCCGUUAAGUAAAGGGUGCUGCUUCAGUCCUCUUUUAAAAAUCAAAUAAAAGUAAUCUCUUAGAACUGAAGAUACUUUAUAGUACAGGACUUAAAUACUGUUCUUUCCUAGCAUGCAAACUUUGCAAGUUGAAUGACAUUGGACUGAAGAAAAUUACAUGAGUUCAACUGUUUUCAUUUCUUUUUUAUAUAUAACAUGGAAUACAAAGAACUAAAAAUAAGUUUUGAGAAAAUAUAAAAUCUUGACCUCAUUUGAAAUAGUUUCCUGCAUCAUUUUGAGAAACACGUUUGGAUGACACAUGAGUAAAGAUGUAGUAAUACAAAUGACUGGCUUAGAUUUGCGACUGUCUGGAAGGAAUAAUUAGGAGGGAGAAGAAAUUAAUUCGAGUAGUUUUGGAACUCUGCAACAGAUGAGAUUGUAUGUAAAGUUUUGUAGAAUAUUAACCGUUGGUUUGUAAGACUCAAGAUUCAAUAUACUAAAAUGCACUCAUGUUAAUAAGUAAUCAUGUACACAGAUUUUAUAAUGAAGGCCCACCACUGUUUCUUCUGUUUAUGGGUGGUUAUUAACAGAGUAGAAUUUGAUGUUUUUCAGCAAAUUCUUAGGGAAACUCUGGAAGCCAAAGUGAGAAUUAAAUUAUACCACAGGUCUCUUACUCCCAUUAGUUCUGUUUUUCGUAAUGAUGUUAUGAUGUGUCACUUGUUUUCCAGAAACUAGGAUGGAUUAUGUUACUCCAGCCCCUGCUUUUACUUUAGUUUGUGUUCUGACAAACUGAGCUAGCCUUUUAGAUAUCUAUGAAUAAAUAAUUAAACCUGAUUUUACCUAAGCAGUCUCAACUUGCUAAUUAAAAAUCUACAAUUUACAUGCUUCACUGCCUUCGCGUUUGAGAGCUUUAAGUAACCCUGGUUAUCUUAAAAGUUUGUCAAGAGCAAACCCUAAGUCAAGCUCAGAGAAUUGUAGUUCCUUUGACAUUUCUUAACUUGUUUUCAGUUACAUAAAUUACGCAGUCAAGAAGACAUGUUUCUUCCAUCAGAACAAUGCCAAGUGUCAUUCUGAUCAACCUCCAGCUCAGGUUUUAUUGCUGUUAAAGUGUCAAUAUUCAACCUUUUUGGUGCCUUUAUUUAAAUAUACCAGUUAUGCUAUCCAUAGAAUUUUUAAAAAUGCAAAAUUUUGUAUACUACUGCUUUCACUUUUUUUUUUCCUCCUGGAAAAUUGUCUUAAUGAUUAGGGCAACAUCAAAAUCGCAGUUUUUGGAAGGCUGUUUUUACCUGCAUUUUUAACUUCGCCUCUUUCCUGCACUUGACUGCAUCCUUAUAGAAGAUGACCUUGUUGACAGCAGGUUCAUCUACAGGUUCACUGUUUUAUGAGAAUAAGGAGAGGUAAUUGCUGUUACUUUUGCAAAAGACUUGAUCUUUGAUCAUUUUACAAGUGUCUUCAUGGGUCCAAAUUGUUUUGUAGCAGGGGCUUUAGAGGUCUUUAGAGAAUCUACCCAACAGUAUUCUUUAUUGCAGCUUAUGUCUAGUAAUUUCUGACUGGAACCUGCACCACUUUUAAAUGUAAUGAAUUCAUCCAUUUUGGCAGCAGUCACAGGGUCUUGCAACAGAAAAACCUCUGUAUAUUAAUUUCGUGGUUAACAUUUUGAUC